GCGGGGAGGGGGAGGCCCGCGGCAGAGCGUGGGGUUAAGCGGCCUCCCCAGUACUGGGGUGAGAGCCCAGAACAGGCGGCAGGGUUCCCCCACCCCCAAACCCCAACCCCAAUCCCCGUGCUCGCUGCAGUGGGAUGUGAAAAGCCCGUUCCACGCUCUGGGCAGUUAGUCACCUUCCACUGGGACCCUCAGACGAGUGAGCGAACAUGAAGUCCAGUCCUGGCAUCCAAGCCGCCAUCGACCUAACAGCGGGAGCCGCCGGGGGAACAGCGUGUGUACUGACCGGGCAGCCCUUCGACACAAUAAAAGUGAAGAUGCAGACGUUUCCCGACCUGUACAAGGGCCUCACCGACUGCUUCCUGAAGACGUACACCCAAGUAGGUCUCCGGGGCUUCUACAGGGGCACUGGCCCGGCACUGAUGGCCUAUGUCGCCGAAAACUCGGUCCUCUUCAUGUGCUAUGGGUUUUGCCAGCAGUUUGUUAGGAAAAUGGCUGGACUGGACAAGCAGGCAAAGCUGAGUGAUCUACAGACUGCGACCGCGGGGUCCUUUGCCUCUGCAUUCGCCUCGUUGGCUCUCUGCCCCACUGAGCUUGUGAAGUGCCGGCUACAGACCAUGUAUGAAAUGGAGAUGUCAGGGAAGAUAGCAAAAAGCCAUAAUACAAUUUGGUCUGUCGUGAAGAACAUCCUUAAAAAGGAUGGCCCCUUGGGCUUCUACCACGGACUCUCCAGUACUCUACUUCAAGAAGUACCGGGUUACUUCUUUUUCUUUGGUGGCUAUGAACUGAGCCGAUCGUUUUUUGCAUCAGGGAGAUCAAAAGAUGAACUAGGCCCUGUCCAUUUGAUGUUAAGUGGCGGAGUUGCUGGAAUUUCUCUCUGGCUUGUCGUGUUCCCAGUGGAUUGUAUUAAAUCCAGAAUUCAGGUUCUUUCUAUGCAUGGAAAACAGGCAGGAUUUGUUGGUACCCUCUUAAGUGUCGCAAAAAAUGAAGGAAUAGCAGCCUUAUAUUCUGGACUGACAGCUACUAUGAUUCGAGCAGUCCCUGCAAAUGGGGCGCUGUUUGUGGCCUAUGAAUACAGCAGGAAGAUGAUGAUGAGCCAGCUGGAAGCAUACUGAAGUGUCUUGGUGGACCGGGAUCCGAGUCCAUGACUCUGAGGACUACAGUUCAUCACAGGGUUCAACACAGUACAAGACCAAUGUGAAUUCUGACUUCAUGGGAAUUUUGGUUUUAUCUUCCCUUAUUCUACCCUAAACCUUAAUUUUAUGGAAGGGCGUGUGUUUUACAUCAUAUAAUUUCUGCCCAUAUUUGUAUUGAAAUAGAAAAGUUGCUGCUCUUGCCUUUGCUGGGAUGUACAGGGUGGACUGGUUGGCCCUAUGUACCUAAUCUGAAAAACUAAGUAUCAUUCUGUCAGGGCCUUUGCAUAAACCUGUUUGUGUGUACAUGCAGUUUGGAUGGUAAUAUGUUGUGAGUAAAACAAUUUGGUUCUAUGUAUAAUCUCCAAUAUCACCCCCCAAAACCCAGAAUUGACCAUAUUUUGUGAAAUAGGUAAGAAUGAUUGCAUAGGAUCUCUCUUUGUUUUUUUGGAGACGGAGUCCCACUCUGUCACCCAGGCUGGUGUGCCACAGCCUGGCACACCAAGAUGUGCCACACUAAGAUGUGGGGAGCCACAUCUUAGCUCACUGCAAUCUCUGCCUCCCCGGUUCAAGCAAUUCUCCCACCUCAGCCUCCUGAAUAGCUGGGAAUACAGGCACCCGCCACCAUGCCCGGCCGAUUUUUGUAUUUUUAGUAGAGACGAGGUUUCACCAUGUUGGCCAGGCUGGUCUUGAACUCCUGACUUCAAGUGAUCUGCCUGUCUUGGCCUCCCAAAGUGCUGGAAUUACAGGCAUGAGCCACCACACCUGGCCAGGAUCUCUUGUAAAGUCUGCUUAACAUGUGCACUACAUUAGGCGGUUAAAGUUUUGAAAAGUCUUCAUGUGGUAGUUGAAAACCAAAAUACCCUGUAUUUUUAAGAGGAGAAGGUGCCUGCAUACGGGUGUGGUUUUGACAUUCUUGAGUUAAGUUUCAGAGUAAGCAUUGUGUAUUUUCCCAAGAAGCAAUACCCUUAAAAUAGUGCUAUCCAUUUUCAAAGUGAGAUUAUAUUCUGCAUCCUGCCUAUAUGGUUAGGGGUGGUCUAGAGUAUCAUCAGGACUUGGGGAAUCAGCACAGCCUUCCUGCACCAGCUUCCUUUCUCCCCCUCAAAGGAGCUGGAGCUGUACAGCUAUGCUUUGAUGAAGACCCUUGUGGCUGAUAACAGUUCUUAGCUUCCAGUCUCUGGGUCCUGGCCUGGGUAGGAUUCUAGGGUGUUCUAUUGGCCCAUUUUGGGGUUGUCGAUGCAUUCUGGGUGACUCACUGUCUCCAUCAGCCAGAAACCCUCCAGGGGAACAGAAAGUGCCAAAGCUAGGAGAAGCUUUUGUUCCCUGUUUGCUAAGAACACUUGUGAGUAAAAGUCAUCUACUCUCAGGUAGAACUAAAUAGAACUUAGUGCUUUCACUACACAGUGAGUCAUGUUAGGGACAAGCUCUUUUUGAAAUUUAUCUUGAGGUCCAUAAUACCUUCUCAUGCCUUUACAGUGCUAGAGUCUUCUAAAUCUGGUACUUGCCAACAGUAAGUUUUAAUGAUAACUGUGUAUGGGAUGUGACUAAACAAUGAAACAUAAGAAAAGUAAUUUUAUUAAAUUAUAUACCAUAUAUAUGUAUAUGUACACUUACAAAACCCCUCCGAAACAAAGACCGACUCCCCACCCCAAAACGUAGUUCAUCUAUCUGAUCCCCACAGACUUGGAGAUAAGCACCUGUUCUGUGGCCAUGUCAUUCUCGUCACCAGUAAAGUAAGCCCCAUUAUUCUGUGUUGCUCCAAGUCCACCAGCAGAGUCUGUUUCAGUAACAAGUUUUCUUAAGCAGCCUCUAAAGCUGAAAAGAAGGAGGCUACCCGUCUUAAUAACAGUCUGUACCAUGUGUGUUUAUCACUUGGCAGAAUGUAAUUCCUGUGAGAAACUGUUUACUCAAGCUUUUUGCUAUCUUUGAAGCCUCUGUGGUAACUCUAGCCUUAGUGCCAGAAGCAAGAGGGUCAGGGAAAUGAGAUAUUGACCAGUAAAGGCUGCUGUGGACAUUUAGGGGAGGGGAGGCUCAGUGUCAGCCCUGCUGUGCCCCAGAGUUAUGGCUGGCCUUCCAUUUAUUUACUUUACUUUAAAAGAAAAUCAUGUUUACACUUUAAAGUCAUUUAUAAAGUUAAGUGAUAUAUUCCAUACUUAAAUGGUCAGUAGCUAUGGAGUGGUGCUUCAUCAGAGCAGGCCUAUACUAAAUAGAAAAUGGGACUGGCGUUUGACAGUAAGUGGAUCAUUUCAGAGUCCACAGUCGCCCUGUCUGUGAGCUAGUCUAAGUUAGCUUUGUGGUCAGCGUAACUUCUUACGUGUCAUCCAUUAAAGAUUUAAAUCAAUACCUUCGACAAAAAUAGUAUGAGGCAAGUGAGAGGGGUGGGAGGGAGGAAUCCAAAUCUAAGUCAGGAGAAUUCUUUUCCUGCCCUAUUCGUUUAAUUUAUGGUUCAAUAUUUGGGUAUAAUUUGUAUCAUUUCAGACUCCAAACAAAAGUAUAGUAAUUUGAAAUACGGUGUUUAAAGAAAUUUGAGGGUUCUAUCACUAAAUUAUCUAUAUAAUAUGUCUUUAACUCACACCAUUUACAAUGUAUUGUAAUGAGCUCUGAGUGUUCCAACACUAAUGGUGUCCGUUUUCUCUCUUCAAGGAUCUGACAGUCUAGAUGUUUGUUCUGUAGUUAGAAGAGUGAUACUUCGAAAUAAAAUUUAGAAGGAAAACGUGGAAUCCAAAUUUUAUACUGUGUGUGCAAUCAGUGUUGGAUUUAGGGAACUGUCUCUGAAUUUAGGGAACUGUCCCCUUAGUUGUAUUUUUGUAUUGUGGCUUUUUAUAUUCUUUAAGUUAGUGCCAUGGUAUUUGUUUCCAAGAUUGAAAUUGAUCAAAUCAUUUUUAUGAUGCCUAGCCUCAUUUUAAAAUUUUCUUCACUUCCACAUAGCAAGCUUUGUCCCUUAACUUUGAAAAAUCUUUUCUGUAAUUUAUUAUA